AUGAAGAUUCUAUCACUUCUUUUUUUCUCCAGCGUCGUUUGUGCAGCUGCUGUCACUGAUUGCCACACGCACGGAGAAAACGUAUACUGCAUCGACCAAGAUGGGGACGAAGUCCAGGUAAUCUUAACAGCCACUCCGACAGGAGCGUUGCCCGCUCAGUAUACUGGCUGCCAUUCUUACGGGGAGGAAAGAUACUGUGUUGACCCUGACGGAAACGACGUCCAGAUCCUGGAAGUGGGAGAAUCAACCCAUGCCGCCGACGACGACGACGACCACGGCAGUGAAUCAUCCGCGUCGGAGGAAGAAGAAAACGGGCAAGAGUUGGAUUGUCAUUUUCACGCGGGCGUGGAACACUGUGUGGGGGUUGAAUCGGAAGAAAGUGGAAGCAGUGCUGCCACCUGUGGGAUCCAGACUCGCGAUUAUGAUGUGCCUUUGCGAAUAGGAACUUUAUUUGUUGUCCUUGUCACCAGUGGUAUUGGCGUCUUCAUUCCCCUUAUACUGGCGAAGCUACCAUCUGCGUCUCUCAAUACUUGGAUCAGCAUUGUGAUCAAGCAGCUCGGCACGGGUGUCAUUCUUGCCACUGCAUUUAUUCAUCUCUACACGCAUGCCAACCUUAUGUUCACCAACGACUGCCUCGGGGAAUUGGAAUACGAAGCCACAACCUCUGCCAUUGUCAUGGCUGGCGUUUUCCUCUCCUUCCUGACAGAGUAUAUCGGGCAUCGCAUCAUUUUCGCUCGUUCCUCUUCCAGAUCGUCGCCGCAACCAACCGAAACUGUAUCAGAGGUAUCCAAAGCGGCUUCUCCAGAGCAGCCACGAGUGCAGGAACACGCAACCCUCGUCCAGCUAGGCCACCACCACGGGAGUCCCUUGGAUCCAACAAACCCGAAUACCAAACUCCCUGUGAUUGUCAUGGAAGCCGGAGUCAUUUUCCAUAGUAUUCUGAUCGGACUUACCCUGGUCGUGGCCGGAGAUUCUCUCUAUCGCACCCUCUUAGUAGUCAUCAUUUUCCACCAGUUCUUCGAAGGUCUGGCGCUUGGUGCCAGGAUUGCGCUCCUUCCAGGUCGUUUGUUCCCAAACAAAGUCUUCAUGGCCGGGGUCUUUGCGGGGAUUACACCCAUCGGUAUGGCCAUCGGACUUGGGGCGUUGCACUCAUUUAACGGCAACGAAAGGAGUACCCUUCUUGCGUUGGGCACGCUAAAUGCCCUUUCCGCAGGUAUCCUGGUGUGGGUGGGUGUAGUGGACAUGUGGGCCCGCGAUUGGGUGAUCGAGGGAGGAGAUCUUAUGAAUGCUCCAAUUAGACGUGUUCUCGUCGGUGGGAUCUCAUUAAUUGCUGGAAUGGCUUUGAUGGGAUUGCUAGGAAAGUGGGCUUAG